CACUCAUUGCAUUUGUCGUCUUCCCAAAUCCAUCAGAAAGUAUACACUGCCAUCAACGGUGCUGCUGUUCCUGGUCUUUCAGCGCCCACAGAGCACAUCAGCACAAGGAAGUCGUCUCAUGAGGUAGCUUCAGAGCUCUAUCCACCGCCAACAUGGCUCCCCGCGAGGACCUGGUCACCUCCGCUGUGACCUUCCUCCAAGAUCCCUCGGUCGCCUCCGCCCCCCUGGAGAAACGCAUCGAGUUUCUCAAAUCGAAGAACCUGACACAAGAAGAAAUCGACCUAUCCCUUGCCAGAGCCUCUAGCGAUCCGACCUCCCCUCAAUCAUCCCUCCAAAAUGCGCCUUUCUAUCCUCCCACCCAACAAGGCCCCGUACGUGGCCCUCCCUCUCAACGCUACCCCUACCCCUACAACCCCUAUGGCGACCAGUACCAAUUCCCACCAGCUCCUCCACCCGAACCACCUCGCCGUGACUGGCGCGACUGGUUCAUCAUGGCGACUGUCGUCUCCGGCGCGAGCUACGGCCUGUACGUCUUGACCCAGCGGUAUAUCAAGCCACUCAUCGCCCCUCCGACGCCUGCACAACUUGAGCAAGACAAAGCUGCAAUAGACGAACAGUUCAACAAAGCCUUUGCCCUCCUCGACACUUUAUCCUCCGACACCGCAGCACUCAAAGAAGCUGAGGAGCAACGCACGCAACGCCUUGAUAAUGCCAUAGCCGACAUCGAGACGGUAGUGGCGGAGCUCAAAGCGGCCAACCUGCGCCGCGAGGCCGACUCUAGCCGUCUGGAAUUCGAGAUACGCACGAUGAAGGACAAUCUUCCCCGCAGCAUCGACAACGUCCGUGACGCCAGUGAGAAACAAUUAAAAGAGCUAAGCAACGAACUCGGCAGCCUCAAGUUGCUUAUGGGCAACCGGAUGGGCGGCUCGAGCAGUCUGACUCAAGGGAUUUCGCGUACACAGCCGGGCAUGCUGCCUAGUUCGAACAGCGCAAAUGCACAAGGGGCUCCUUCGUCAUCAGAAAAGCCUCCGAACCCUCCGCGCUCGACGCCCAGCUUCUCAAGCCCGGCGAACCAGUUCAGCAGUUCGACCACCGUCCCAGCCGCAACGACAACAGCGCGGCCCGCAUCUGCGGCGGCAUUCGGAAAUUCAAGCUCGGCCAACAAAUCCGCCAUCCCGGCAUGGCAGAUGCAUGCUGAGGCGAACAUGAUGAAGGACGUCAACCCAGCCCCAGCCCCGGGCAGCAUGCCGACAACAAAUGGUAGUGCGACUGCACAACAACAAGAUGGUGCCGAAGCAGUUGCUGCUCUCAACGCUAGUUAACUUGGUCUCUAUACUGGAUUACUUUGAAUACUCAGAACUUUUGCUGUUUA